UUUAAACGUUACGGCGCGGCACCGAGCAGCAGCAGCACAGCCCACCAGAAGUUUUCAUGUAGCUGGUCGGCCAGUACCGUUCUCUUGUCAAAUACUGUUUUCAUUUUGACGUUGCUAUUGAAUGGCAUUCGAUGUCUCAGUAAGUUUGGAGGACCCGUCCAAUCUAACCAGACACAGUUGUCGUCGCGAUAUCUCAUGACUGCGAUGACCUGCAAAUUAAGUGGCCUGUUCAGUAUUGGCGAGGACUUUGAUGAUGAGGACCUGCUGGGGACAGACUGGGCUGUCCGCUCAGCGUCUGGGCCAGCCGAUGUGGCAGCUGCUGUGUCAUCUUGUGCUCUGCGGGCCUCCUCUGCUGCUCACAGAGUGCCGGAGAAAAAUUGCCUGGUGCAGAGCGAGGAGAGAUCAGCUGCCCUGUGUAAUGGGACAGCAUCGAGGAGCAGCACACACACUGCUGCGGGACAAACUGUUGCUCUGCGUUUCAGACAGCUCUCCUCCUCCUCCUCUUCCUCCUCUUCCUCCUCCUCAGCUCAGCCUCGCCCCACGCUGAAUCACUCUGAGCCUAAUUUGGCAUUGGCACAGAGUCGUGCUGACACAGACGGGCCGCAGAGGCCCUGCGUGGCUCAGGAUGAUUUUGAUGAUUGGGAUGUUGACCUGGCAGACCUCGACGAGUGUGACCGCCAGCAUGGGCAGCUGCUUCAACCUCCUGCCCCACCUGUGCUCGCCACGGAGCCUGCAUCCUCUGCCAAAACGCUACGACCCCCGACCUGUGGAGGGAUUCAGACACGACCGGAUCAGAGCACUGCUCACCAUAACCUGCCUCCUCAGACUUUUGCCACUCCUUUUAGAUCUCCAAAUCUCCGACCUGCCCCGCCGCAGACUCCUGCUGUGUUCCGUGGCCUUACUGCAACCUCCCCGGCCCCCAGCCCCAGUCCCAGGACCUUCAUCAGGCCCCAGCAGCCACAGAGGCCAUGGUCAACUCCAGCAUCCUCCCCUCAGGCACGUAGCCUCUUUGAAACGGUCUCCCCAGCACCCGCCCCCUCCUCCUCCUCCUCCACUCCAAGCCCUCAUCCCCUUCACACACCGGUCCUCACCAACCGCCUGGUCCAGUUGGUAUCUGCCUCCAAUAAGCUCCCCAAGAAAAGACCCCGCUCUGAGCCCCACCGAUCUAGGACGCGGCGCUUCCCCGGACCUGCUGGACUCCUGCCAGAGCAGCCUCAGGGUAAAAUCGCUGACGAAAUAGUUGUUUGUGUUCCUGUGACUCCGGCUCACGGUGCUGUGGCCCGACCACCGAGCCAGGGUUCCAGCUCCCAGAACGAUGAAGACGACUUCAGCGGCGGUGCCUGGGCAGCGAUGAAGUCAGAGAUGGGACUGGAUGAGAGGAACCCGUCGUGCUUCCUGCACUCAUACAGCGUCGUCAUGGUGCUCCGAAAGGCUGCACUGAAACAGCUGGCGAGAAACAAAGUGCCCAACAUGGCUGUGCUCCUAAAGAGCAUCAUCCACACUCACGCUGAUGCCAAAGCCGUGUUCAAAGACCCAACAGGGGAGAUUCAGGGAACAGUGCAUCGGCGUCUCCUAGAAGACAGAGUGGAUGAGCUGAAGGUCGGAGCUGUACUGCUGCUCAAACAAGUGGGUGUUUUUUCCCCCUCCCAUCGAAACCAUUACCUGAAUGUGACGCCCAACAACCUGCUGAGGAUCUACGCCCCUGACGGAGUCAGUCUGACCUCCCCUCGGCUCCCCCAGCUCGUCCUGGAGCCGAUGUUGCCGUCACCCGCUCGGUCUUCUGGCGUCCUCCGGGAGCCCGUGUCUCGGAUGCAUCUGGUGUUUGACGAGGAGGAUGACGAGGGACAGGAGGGGGAAAAACGCACAGAGGGAGGCGAAGACCCCCGAACCCCCAGAGACACUAAAGCAGGCUCAAGCAGAGGCCCCCAAGAGCCUGCAGGGAACCCAGCACCACCAGACUCAGGCUGGGAUGCAGACGAUGACCUGGAUGAGCUCCUGGGAGAGUUACCUGAGGACACCUACAGCCUUUGACGAAACGUUAAGUCAGCAAACCUUCCGCACGGACUGACUCGAGUUAUUUCACGACUGACUAACGGUGAAGAUGUUCUCCUUUGUUUUCUCUGACAUCACGUCUUGGACUACUAAAGAACCGAAAAUGUGUGUAUGUUGUACUUCUUUUUUUUGUGCUCUGCCUGGGUCAUUAAAACCACAUUGAAGUUAA